GGAGCGGGCCCGUGGGACCAUCCCGGCCCCGGGCCCGUGGGACCAUCCCGGCCCCGGGCCCGGCCGAGGGCGCGAUGCAGCUGCGGCACGUGCGGACCCUGCUGGCCCCGCAGGACGGGACGGCGCGGGUGACCUGCAUGGCCUGGUCGGCCAGCAGCGCUCGGUUCGCCGUGUGCACGGCGGAGCGCGUGGUGCUGCUCUACGACGAGCAGGGCGAGCGGCGUGACAAGUUCUCCACCAAACCGGCGGACGCCAAGUACGGCAGGAAGAGCUACGUGGUCAAAGGCAUGGCCUUCUCCCCGGACUCCACCAAACUGGCCAUCGGGCAGACGGACAACAUUGUCUACGUGUACAGGAUCGGCGAGGAGUGGGGUGACAAGAAGGUGAUAUGCAACAAAUUCAUCCAAACGAGUGCUGUGACCUGCUUAUUGUGGCCAGCAGAGAAUGUCAUUGUUUUUGGUCUUGCUGAAGGAAAGGUUCGUCUAGCAAAUACAAAGAGCAACAAGUCUUCUACCAUUUAUGGGACAGAUUCCUAUGUGGUCUCACUAACUUCCAAUGUUUCGGGGAAGGGAAUCCUGUCUGGCCAUGCAGAUGGAACCAUAGUGCGCUUCUUCUUUGAUGAUGAGGGUUCAGGUGAAUCACAGGGUAAGCUGGCGGUGCAUCCCUGUCCUCCUUACGCCCUCGCCUGGGGUUCCAGCAGCAUUGUGGCUGCAGGCUGUGACAAGAAGAUUGUUGCUUAUGGGAAGGAAGGCAGUGUGAUUCAAACCUUUGACUACAGCCGGGACUCAUCAGAGAAGGAAUUCACCACAGCAACCACCAGUCCCAGUGGCCAGUCCAUUGUUAUUGGCAGCUAUGACAGGUUACGGGUUCUGAACUGGAGUCCACGCCGCAGUGCCUGGGAGGAAGGCAAGCCCAAAGAAAUAGCUCACCUGUACACCAUCACAGCUUUGGCAUGGAAGAGGGACGGCUCACGGAUCUGUGCGGGCACGCUGUGCGGAGGAGUUGAGCAGUUUGACUGCUGCCUUCGCAGAACCAUUUACAAAAAUAAAUUUGAAAUUACAUAUGUGGGACCAAGCCAGGUCAUUGUGAAGAGCCUCUCAACAGGAACUCGAGUUGUGUUGAAAUCCCAGUAUGGUUACGAGAUUGAUGAGGUGAAGAUCUUAGGGAAGGACCGGUACCUGGUGGCCCAUACCUCAGAUACAUUACUGCUGGGUGACAUCAGCUCCAACAAGCUCAGUGAGGUGGCCUGGCAAGGAUCUGGGGGGAAUGAGAAGUUCUUCUUUGAGAACGAGAAUGUCUGCAUGAUUUUUAAUGCUGGAGAGCUGACACUAGUGGAAUAUGGAAGCAAUGACAUUCUGGGGUCUGUCCGCACAGAGUUUAUGAACCCUCAUCUGGUCAGUGUCCGUAUCAAUGAAAGACAGCAACGAGGCGUGGAUGAGAACAAGAGACUGGCUUAUCUGAUAGACAUCAAGACUAUAGCAACAGUGGACCUUGUUGGUGGCUAUAAUGCUGGCACAAUCAGUCAUGACAGCAAGAUUGAUUGGCUGGAGCUGAAUGAAACAGGCCACAAACUGCUCUUCAGGGACAAGAAGAUGAGGCUGCAGCUCUAUGACAUUGAAAGCAGCACCAAGACAACCAUUCUGAACUAUUGCUCCUACGUGCAGUGGGUCCCAGGCAGCGAUGUGGUGGUUGCUCAGAACAGGAACAGUCUCUGCAUUUGGUACAACAUCGAUGCUCCAGAGCGAGUCACCAUGUUUCCUCUGAAGGGGGAUAUCGUAAGCUUGGAAAGGAAUGAUGGAAAGACUGAAGUGAUAGUGUCUGAAGGGGUGAACACUGUGUCUUACACCCUGGAUGAAGGCCUCAUAGAGUUUGGAACUGCGGUUGAUGAUGGGGAUUAUCACAGGGCUACUGCAUUUUUGGAGACACUGGAAAUGUCCACAGAGACUGAAGCCAUGUGGAAGACCCUCAGCAGACUGGCUUUGGAAGCGAGACAGCUGCACAUUGCAGAGAGGUGCUUUGCAGCUCUGGGAAACAUGGCAAAGGCUCGAUUUCUGCAUGAAACCAAUGUCAUUGCUGACCAGGCAGCUCAGGAGCACGGUGGGGAUGGCACAGAUCAUUACCUGGUGCGGGCCCGCUUGGCCAUGCUAGAGAAGAACUACAAGCUGGCAGAGAUGAUCUUCCUGGAACAAAACGCCACAGAGGAGGCCAUGGACAUGUACCAGGAGCUGCAUAUGUGGGAUGAAUGCAUUGUGGUGGCCAAGGCCAAGGGACACCCAAUGCUGGAGAAGUUGCGUCGGGGUUACUACCAGUGGCUGCUGGAUACCCAGCAGGAAGAGAAGGCUGGGGAGGUCCAAGAGGGACAGGGAGACUACCUGGCAGCCAUCAGCUUAUAUCUGCGGGCAGGGCUGCCAGCCAAAGCAGCACGGCUAGCCAUGGACAGGGAUGAACUGCUCACCAAUGCGGAUGUCAUCGAUAGGAUCUCCACGGCAUUGAUCAGAGGGGAGCUCUAUGAACAGGCUGGAGACCUGUUGGAGAAGCUUGGGAACCCACGGAAGGCUCUGGAGUGCUAUGGCAAGGGCAGUGCCUUCCUGAAAGCCGUGGAGCUGGCUCGCCUGGCGUUUCCUGCAGAAGUUGUGAAGCUGGAGGAGGCCUGGGGAGACCAUCUGGUGCAGCAGAAACAGCUGGAUGCUGCUAUUAACCAUUACAUCGAAGCCAGGUGCUCAAUUAAGGCCAUUGAGGCAGCUUUGGGAGCCCGGCAGUGGAAGAAGGCCAUCUACAUUUUGGACUUGCAGGACAAACAGACAGCAGCCAAAUAUUACCUCAAGAUUGCCCAGCAUUAUGCAGCUUUACAGGAGUACCAGGUUGCAGAGGAGCUGUACAUUAAAGGAGGCCAGACCAAGGAUGCCAUUGACAUGUACACACAGGCUGGGCUCUGGGAACAGGCUCACAAGCUGGCACUCAAGUGUAUGAGCCAGGAGGACGUGACUGUGCUGUACAUAACCCAGGCCAAGGAGAUGGAGAGACAGGGCAAGUACAAAGAAGCAGAGAGGCUGUACAUCACUGUGAAUGAACCCGAUUUGGCCAUCACCAUGUACAAGAAGUGUAAGAUGUAUGAUGAGAUGGUUUGCCUAGUAGCCAAGUACCACAAGGACUUACUUGGAGAUACUCACCUGCACCUGGGCAAGGAGCUGGAGGCAGAGGGACGCUUGCAGGAGGCUGAGUACCACUACCUGGAAGCCAAAGACUGGAAGAGCACAGUGAACAUGUACCGAGUGAAUGACAUGUGGGAAGAAGCAUACAGGGUCGCCAAGGCACAUGGGGGUGCAAACUCCCAUAAGCACGUGGCCUAUCUGUGGGCCAAGAGCCUGGGUGGAGAGGCAGCUGUGAAACUCCUCAGCAAAUUUGGUCUCCUGGAGAUGGCCAUUGACCACGCAACAGACAGUGGGGUCUUUGAGUUUGCUUUUGAACUGGCCCGCCUUUCCAUGAAGCAAAAGAUGCCAGACAUCCACUUAAAGUAUGCCAUGUUCCUAGAAGAUGAGGGCAAAUUUGAAGAGGCUGAAGGAGAAUUCAUUAAAGCUGGGAAGCCCAAGGAAGCUGUGCUGAUGUUUGUGCAUAACCAGAACUGGGAUGCUGCGCAGCGUGUGGCUGAGGCUCAUGACCCAGACAGCGUGGCUGAUGUGCUUGUUGGACAGGCACAGUUUGCCUUUGAGCAGAGAGAGUUCCAGAAGGCAGAGGCCUUUCUCCUCCGAGCACAGAGACCUGAGCUGGCCAUAAAGUACUACAAGGAGGCCGGCAUGUGGAGCGACGCCCUGCGGAUCUGCAAGGAGUACAUGCCUAGUCGACUGGGAGAGCUACAGGAGGAGUGUGGCAGAGAGGUUGGCAAGAAGGGCUCCAGCGGAACUGAAGGGCUGCUGGAGCAGGCACGGGAAUGGGAGCAGGCUGGGGAAUACGCCAGGGCAGUGGACUGCUACCUGAAGGUGCGGGAUCCCAGCAACAGCACCCUGGUGGAGAAGUGCUUACUGAAGGCUGCUGAGUUGGCUGUGAAAUUCCUGGAUCAGUCACAGAGCAUGGAAGUGACACGGACUGUGGCUCCUCAGCUGGUGGCCAUGAAGAAAUACAGCACGGCAGCUGAGCUCUACCUAAACUUGGACCUCAUCCAAGAAGCUAUCGAUGCCUUCAUUGAAGGGGAGGAGUGGAGCAAAGCCAAGCACAUGGCCAAGGAGUUUGACCCCAGGUCAGAGGAGUACGUGGACCAACGUUAUAAGGAGUAUUUAAAAAAACAAGGAAAGGUGGAUUCGCUUGUGGGAAUUGAUGUCAUGGCAGCUCUGGAUAUAUAUGCAAAGCAGGAGCAGUGGGAAAAGUGCCUGGAGGUCGCAGCUAAGCAGAGCUAUAAAGUCCUGCACAAGUACGUGGCUCUGUAUGCAACACAGCUGAUCUGUGAGGGCAGCUGGGAUAAAGCCCUGCGCCUGUACGUCCACCACGGAGCACCUGCCAACCCACAGAAUUUCAAUAUUUACAAGCGUCUCUUUGUGGAGAUGGUGAAUGCACCUGGCAUGAACUGUGCUGAGGCGUACUCCAGCUGGGCUGACCUGCGGGAUGUGCUCCUCAGCCUGUGUGAAAACUUAGCGAAGUCCAGUGAGACAAACACUCCAGCCCAUGAGGAGUUUGAGAGGAUGCUGCUGAUUUCCCACUACUGUGCCACCCGCUCCGCCGCGCACGGCCUCAAGCAGCUGGACACCAUGGCUGCCCAGCUGUCCAUUUCCCUGCUGCGCCACACGGAUCUGCUCCCUGCAGACAAGGCUUUCUAUGAGGCUGGGAUAGCUGCCAAGGCUGCAGGCAGGACACUGUGGCACAAACAGAGCCACAUCCUUCCCAGCCAUGGCUCUGUGAGAAAAGCUGUCUGUGAGGAUGAGCUGCCCAGUCUCACUCAGGGUUCCUUUCCAUACCAGGCAGUCAGCUGGGAGAACAUGGCAUUUGUCUUCCUGAACCGCUUCCUGGACCUCUCAGAUGCCAUUGAAGAAGGGAACCUGGAUUCCCUGGACCAUUCUGAUUUUCAGAGGACAGACAUUCCCUUCGAAGUACCACUUCCAGCCCAUCAGCAUGUGCCUGAGGAGCAGCGGGAGGAGGUGAGGGACUGGGUGCUCACCGUGUCCAUGGACCAGCGGCUGGAGCAGGCGCUGCCGCAGGACGAGCGCGACACCUACGAAGCCUCUCUGGUAGCAGCGGGGACCGGGGUGCGCUGCCUGCCCUGCGUGCUAACAGGGUACCCAGUGCUAAGAAACAAGAUUGAGUUGAGGCCAGGCCUAGAAGUGAAGAAGGAUGCGUGGUACAAAUUUGUGAUGGCUGUCAAGGUGAGCCAGAACCUCACAGGCAGGGAGACAGGCUGUGGGUGGGGUUCAGCCCCUCAUGUUGACAAUACAGCAUCCUUCUGGGUGAGUCAUUGUCCCAGGGCACCCCAACAGUGCUGCUUGGUGGGGAUUGACAGACCCAGUCCUGCCAGCCCACAGGGUGCCCUCCAGUGCCAAGGCCUCCCUCUCUCUGCAGACAUCCCACAGCCCUGCAGGCCAGGAUGUGAUCGAGUUCCUCCGACGGUGGUGUGGGGGACUCCCAAGCACCAGCUUCUCAUUCCAGUAAGCAGGACUCUGGCAGCUUUCAGACCUGUCCCUCACCACCUUCCCCAUCCAAUAAACAUGUUAUCUCAGCCCUGCAGUGCUCCUGUUGCCAGGGGCUGCUAAGCCCAGAA